AUGGUAAUCGUGGUUGGCGUUGGCAAGGCCGACGAGGAAGCACCAAAUAAUAUCGAAGAAACAGUAGGUAGAGUAAUAUCGGCAUCGGCAGCAUCCUCUCCGCCUCCCAACUCCUAUUGGGAGGAGGUUCGAAAAGUGGUCAAUAGAGCCGUCACCUGCCUCUUCCCACCAAAAAUAGACUUCCGACCAGGAAAACCGGUGGAAGAUGGACAAGUGAACGGGAAUGAGAAUAUGAAGGAAUCCAUUACCAAGAGCUUCCACACAACCAAACAAAUGGUGGAGGAUUCUGCCAAGGCUGCCGCUCAAACGCUCCGACCACAACCAGAUUCGGAACUCUAG